AUGGGUCGGCUCGACCGGAGAGAUACCACGGCCUCACAGAAUACCGACGUGAAACAACCACAGCGUUGUGUUUCGCCGUCUCUACCAGCAGACCAAGUCAUAUCAAAAAUGGAUCCUGGACCCCGGUACCAGUAUAUGACUGGCCCGGAAGGUCCAGAACUGGUAGACCUUUGGUUGAAGACCAGCGAUGUGCUGGCUGCGGCGAGAUACAACCCCAAUGUCAACAAUCACUACCAUCUUUUUACCAGAUCCAACCGCGUUGUAAGCCAACCCAUCCCACUUGGCGCUGAUGCCGCACUAAGGAACUCCCACUUCAACCGUAAUAGGAAAACAGUUUUCCUCAUCCAUGGCUGGAGAAACACGCCUAGUUCGGAUUUCAAUACACAUCUUAUAAAUGCUUACCUAACGGCUCAGGAUGUGAACGUUAUCAUGGUGGACUGGAGUUUCGGAGCCGCUGGAGAUUACCUACCUGCACAAGCCAACACCAUAAGAUCUGGAGAGCACGUAGCUCGGUAUAUAAACUGGUUGAACUCUGCCAGUGGCGCCAACCUGAACAACUACCAUAUUAUUGGACACAGUUUGGGAGCUCACCAGGCUGGUAUCGUGGGCAGACAUCUAAAUGGAAGAGUGCCUUAUAUUACUGCGCUAGACCCAGCACUGCCAGGUUGGAUAACUCAUGCUCAAGCCUUCAGGUCUACUGACGGCAUUUACACUGAAGUUAUGCAUACUGAUGCUGGUCUUUAUGGCAUUGUGAACCCUGCUGGUGAUGUGGACUUCUAUCCAAACGGUGGGAGCGGGAUGCCGGGGUGUGGUGACAGGAAUUGUAGUCAUCACCGGUGCAUAUUUUACAUGAGCGAAUCCUUAACUCGAGGGGGCUUCACUGGGCGUCGCUGUGAGAACCUGAAUGCAGCCCUAAACAGCAACUGCAAUGCCUCCGGAACCCUCCGAAUGGGAGGACCUAACGCCAAAACCGGAUCUUCGGGAAUAUUCUUCGUGAGGACAAACGCGAACUCUCCGUUUUCACAAGGCUAAAAAAUAAAGAACGAUCAAAGAUAUUUUACGUACUUAAUAAAUUCAUUAUAAUAUAAUAUUAUAUCGUUGGAAC